AUGACUUUCCUACGCUCCGUUCUCACUCCCAAGAAGGGUACAGAUAGCGCCCUCCCCCCAAACUGGCCCUCUCCCCUUCACAACAAAUGCUCCGCGCCCGGUUGCACAUUCCCAAACCCUCCGCAGGUAGUGAAGGGCGUGUACGACUGCCAAGGCGUCCCAGGAGGCUUCUACUGCGACGGUACCUACCGCGUCUCAUCCGCGAAGGCCGACUCGGCGGAACGUUACUUCAAAGAAGAAUUCCGCAUCGAGUCGACGAACAAACGCCGCCAGCGGCUGAUGGAGAAGCGACGAUACGAGGAGGAGCAUUACAAGCAGGCUCAUUACUACCCUGUCAGGCGCCAACGCGUUGCUUCUGAGGCUGCUGCCCAGCUGCCUGUACCGGCGGAACACCGCAAGAAGAAUCCCCUUAGUCCUACAUCGCUCCGCCACCGCGUGGCGUCUGAGCCAACUGCCGAAGCGAAUGCUAGUCUUCACAGACGGAUCGCCCAACGGAGAAAUCCUGCUCAGGAAUGUGCGAUCCCUGGCGUUAGGGAGUAUUAUCAGCAUAACAUCCCAGUCAAAGUAACUCAGCAAGCUCGUCAGCCUCAUCAGUAUGACAAGGUGAAGAGCACGUCCGAUAUCGUUUAUCACCAUUCGCACCAGCACCAGCACCAGAGUGCUUCAUCCAGAGCUCCUGCUCGCGAUCUUGGGGAAUUGCCGCCCUCAGCUCCUCGGACCGUCCGCUCGCAACACAAUAUCUACGCUAACUAUACGAACUAUCCAGCCCAACAACGACAAUAG